UUAUUGAAUCCCAAUGCCAAGAGCAUUCUCCCAAAGUCCACUGAAUUUGCUGGUAUUGCAACUGCAUAUUACCCUCAUGUGAUUUGUGUCACUGAAACGUGGUUGCAUGACUCAGUUCUUGACUGCGAUUUUACUCCACCUAACUACAUUGUUGUGCGUUGCGAUAGGUCAUGUGGUAGGGGUGGUGGUGUUGCUUUAUUUUUUAGGUCUGAUGUUAGUUUUUCUGUUCUUCCUGGCUUGCCUAACACUGAGUCACUCUGGUGUAAAGCUUAUAUCGAUAAAUUUGUUGUUGUUAUUGGGGCAGUUUAUAGAGCUCCGGGUACUUCCCCUCAGCUUAUUUUUGAUAUUCACGAUUACAUUUUAAAGCAUAACUUCGGUGGUGGUAAAUUCGUUCUGACUGGAGAUUUUAACACACCUGACGUAAAUUGGAAAACGUUCAUAGUUGGUAGUCGUGAUAAAAUUAUAUGUGAUGCUCUUGUUGAUACUGCAGUGUCAUUCGAUUUAGAUCAAGUUGUUAGUGAAUGUACUAGAGAUAACUCAACUCUUGACUUAGUUUUUCUUAGUAACAGCAUUGCCAAAUCUGGUUAUGAGUGCACAGUGGUUGAUGGCAUUUCAGACCACAGAGCUGUUGUUGUGACACCUAAUAUUCGUGCCUUACAUGUAAAACCCGAGAUUGUUACUGUUUUAGACUUUAACAGAGCUAAUGACGAGUCAAUUCUUGUCGAACUUAGUUUUGGCUUUGAUGAUUUCGAGACCUUUAGCCGUGACUAUAAUGUUGAUGAGUUGCUUAGCAAAUUUUGCUCAUUAGUAAGUGAUUGUAUUAAACGAUUUGUACCAGUCAAAUAUAAAAAGACAAAUCAAGCCCAGCCAUGGAUUACAAGAGGGGUAUUGCAAUUAACCCGCAGACUAAAAAGAAAUCGGAAAUUAAAACUUAGUGAUAGUCCUUCGGAGGUCAAACGCCACUGUCACGAGCUCGUCAACAAGAUCACAUUGACUUUUGACAUAACUUCGUUACCAGAAGGUCAGUUCGAAGAGAAAUUGAACUUCCUCACGUUAAAUGAAGGUUCUCUCUACCAACUGACGGCGGAGACCCCAAAUCUGGUGGGUGACGCUGAAAUGGAGUCCGUAGCGCUUGCCUGCACGUCGUACGAGGAGUUUAUAAGUAACGCCAAGACAUUAGCAGCCAAGUUUUUAUGA